ACCGUGCCUCGACGCCAUUGUCUUUCGCUCGCUCGCUCGCUCGCUCGCUCCCACUGGGCGGAUCGGAUCUCGACUGGCCUUGCCUUGUACACCUUCUCCCCUGGCCAUGUAUCACUUACUCCUCUCCGGCCAGCACUUCCUUCGCGAUUCUUCCUCUCUGCGUGCACUUCGUCACGCGUUUUUGCACUGCCGGUUGCCCUACUGAAGUGGCUCUAGCAGGGCUUGUUGGCGCUCGAUCAUCAGUCUCGUGAGCCUCAGUGUUUGAAAGUGCCUCCUCUCGGUCUUGGAGCCAGGUGGUGUCAUAGAGGUAGUCUUGCGCGCGUGCGCAUGUGUGUCGUUAGCUUUAGAGUUUGUUCAUUUCUGUGGCUUUCGUAUGUUGUUCGGGUGAAAGUUGAGUGCGUGUGUUUGUGUGUGGAGUGUUCGGGGUUUGGCAGGCGGCGGUGUGAUAAGAUGGGGUGGUGAUCUGAUAGGAGAGCUAGAGGCUUGAAGUGUUUGUAGGGAGGUACUAUUUGGGAGUUCAAGGAGAGCUUGAGAGCGUUGACUUGGUUCUAGGGUUGAGUGAAUCUGUUGUGUAGUGAGUGGAUAUAAGGGCUGAUGGGGUAAAAUUUAAGAACGGUACGCAUUUUGUCAGGUAUUUUUGUUAGGGCUUCACGCUUCCACGGUUAUUUGGUGAGUGAAAAAAGUAGUCAAGUGUUCGCGAUGGCCGCUGUUUCUUCUCUACCUCCAGGUUUCGAAGGGGCAGUUGCGGGAACACUUCCUGUUCAGCCCGUUCCGGAAACAAUCGUCCCAAACCAGGCAAGAGUGAGUAAGAAAGUGUCAUGGGCCUCAGAAGACAACCUGUGUCAGGUGCGGCUCUUUGCAGCAGAAGAUGCACCUGCCCAAUCUAGUAUCAUGCUUCAAGAUCUUCUCCAGGCCAAAAAGGCGAGGUUUAUGCAUGCAUUGAAUCCUGUGGUUCCUGUGGAUCUUCCUCCAGGAUUUGGACCUUCCAUGUCAAUGGGAACAAAGCCAGUUAUAGCAGCCAUCUUUCCAUCUGUGCCAUGGCGGGUUCCAGAACAUUUCAAACUGGACCCAGCUUGGCUCGUCAUGGCUGGUGGAGACAGUAAAGAAGUGUUCGCUCAAAAACAGCGAGAAAACAGGACACUUGAGGCCGUUUAUCCUCGACCCUCGGCUAUUCCUGAAAGUCCAGCAGAGCCUUCCGAAGUCCACUUGCCUUUCGAUUCAGACGAUUCAAACACACUCAUAAUCCCAGUUGUUCCAUUAGAAGAUGAUGAGUUGCCUGAUGUAGAUGAAGGUUUAACACCUUCAGAUAGCACAUAUGAACGUCUACAAGAGUCUUUUUCAGGCCAAAAAUCUGUGUCUCCUCCACCAGGGUUUCCCUCUUCAAGCACGCAUGUGAAAUCUCGAAAUUGGUUUCCAGAAGCUCCUCAAGAUAAUAAUAGCUUCCUAUUAGCAACAUCCACAGCAUCAGCAUACGGACCACCCAUCACUAUAAGUAAAAACCUAGUUCCCCCGAAUGGCACUGCUGUGCAGACCAUGAACACGUUCAACGGUCGCAUAGGAUCUAUGGCCCUCCCUGCUCGCACAACGGAGGGAGGGACGGAACCAGACGUUGCCGCAGCUACCGCCGCUGCCUACGCGGCAUUACAGCAAUCAAAUGAUGCAACGAUGAUAGAUCGAGAGUUGCUCAUUAAAUUCCUUACAAACCCUUCCAUGCUUCAGAGUCUUUCUGAGAAGCUGGCACAGAAUCCGCCAGGAAAUCAUGGAGUAAAUCGCAGAAACCCAGACAGUGUGGAUCACAAUGGAAUGGGAGCUCGUGGAAAUGGACGAGUUUGGAAUCCUACGAUGACUGACCAGAAUAAGGGUGGACAACGAUACGCUGAAGCACCGGCAGUUGUGGAAGAUCUUCACACGAGCCAUGGUUAUGACAGGCCGCCUGGCUUUGGAGCACCUCCAGGUACCAACGGACUUGGUCAAGCACCUCCUCAACCGGGACAAGGGUAUGGACCUUCCGGGUCUAUUCCCCUCUCUUCUAUAUCCCAACUCUCUGCUGGCUAUGACCAGCCAGCUGUGUCUGGUUCAGGGCGCCCCAUUUCACAGCGAGGUGAACAAUAUUACAAGGACCUUAUUUCACAGCAUGGAAGAAAAGAUGAAGAGAGUGUGUUGGGAGGAGCAGGAGCAAUUGAUACCGGAAACAGCUAUCGAGGGGUUGCGUGGCCCAAAACAAUUGGUCCUGACAGGGAGAGGAGGAUAGAAAGUGCAGAGCGUACGGAGAGGUCUGAGAGGCCUGAUUCUAGAGCGAGAUGGGCAGGGAGGGAUGUUGUUGAGAUGGCAGCACUUUCAGUAAGACAAGGUGACAGCGAUCAACCCAGUCGGUUAGGUCAAUCUCGGGGAAAAUCUCGUAAGGCUUGCUUAUACUUCAGCACUUCCAGGGGUUGCAGGAACGGAUCUAGCUGCGCAUUCUUGCACGAGGUUAACAACGCGGAAAGGGCAAAGAGGCCAAAACCGGAGGGGAAGGUUAACAUUACGGGACACAUAUAAAAUUCGGGGUUGGAGAUAAUUUACACUAAACAAACAUCACUAACUGGCAUUAUGUAGACACAAGACUGUGUCUUAACAAGAAAGGGCCAUGUAACUAUCCUCCCGAAAUGCUUGAGGAAAACAUCCAGCAACGAAGAGCAGGUGUAUUUCAGGUGCACGGAAGGAAAAUUCCUGUACCUGUGUUAAAUUAAGACCUACAAGCGGCUCAAAACCCCGCUGUCCUGGCAAUUUGAGAAAGCAGGCAGUUGCGGUUGUAUUAUUUCCUUGAAUUUGCUCGGCGUGUUGUCUGACACCAGGAAUGAAACACAAACCCUGAACCAGUUGACAGUCUGCGCACCAGUGUGCCAUUUGAAACAUGGUCUCUGCGAAGUACCGAAAAAACUGAAGGAAAAAAGAAAUCUAUGAUAGAAAGACUUUCUUCUCCCUUCUACUUGGUGACGAAUCACUGACAGCUGUCACAUGUCAAGUAAUAGACUGAAGUCACCUGGCUUGAAGGGCUCGUACUCCGAGGGUUGUGUUACCCAAGUCGUCCUUCUUUUGCGAACUUUGGACGAAUUCUACUUCUUAUGUCUAAUGGAACAUGGCUAACGUGGAGGAUAAAUCGCCGCAGGCCUUUGUAACUCACAUGGGUCAGAGUUGUCGUGGAUGGCAGAGAGGAAAGAGGCCACUGUGUAUAAAUCUGCAAGGUAAAAUGUGAAUAUAACCACUGCACACCAAUUGUGGGAUUGUGCGUGGUGUGCUCUCUCAGGUUGACUCGUUUUUUUGAGAAUACAUGGAAAGUCCAAACGUAAAGAUGAAUACAAGCAAACCUGCACAUGUAGAUCAUGAUAAACGCACUAGAGUUCUCAUGAAAAGUGGCAGAGGUUGCCGAGAUAAUCCAGCAACUAGUGAUCCAGCUGCAAUUCUCUUGCAUGAUUUGAAUCUUUUGAAGUCAUCGGUAGCAGACCGUUAAGUUACUCUAA